UGUCAGAGUCGCUUCCGCCAGGGAGGGUCACGUGAGGGUUGGCAGGGUCACGUGGUCGUGUAGCUGUCAUGGCUGAUGCGGAGAACAUCAAAUCUCUGAGUGGUUUGCUGAAUGGGAUUGCUCAGAGCAGGUAUUAUGGGAACUCGGAGAUUAAUGAGGAGCUGCUGAAAAGGGAGCUGUACCCCGAUCUGCCGCUAGAUGAGUUCCGAGCGCUUCACGACAAGAUGCAAGGCAUUGUCAAGUCUGUAGUGUCUGCAGAUAUGGAUGCAAACCAGAUUGAGGCUUUUCUGACAGCACAGACUAAAAAGCAAGGGGGAAUCACGGUUGAACAAUCUGCAGUCAUCGCUAAGUUUUGGAAGAACCACAAAAGAAAGAUUCGGGAAAGCAUGAUCAACCACACCAGAUGGGAGAACACCCUUAAAAGCUUAAAAUGGAGGGUAGAUGUAAAAUCACAGUCCAGGUACUCAGACCAAGUCAGCAAUGCUGCUGCUGUGGUGGAGAUGGAGAUUGGGGCAAAUGACAAGCAACCUGAAUUUUUGUGCCUUGAAUUCAAUGAAGCCAAACUGAAUGAAAUGCUGAAGAAAUUGUCAGAGGUGGAGGAGAGCCUGGCUGCAUUAACACAGAUCAGUUAAUCAAUCAAAGAAAAUGUGUACUUGUUAUAAUAAAGUAUUAUGAAAAAAAA